AGGAGGGGGAGGAGGAGGGGGAGGAGGAGGAGGAGGAGGAGGAAGAGGAGGAGGAUGACAGGAUUGAGGUGCAAGAUUCGUCUAAAGUUUCAAAACUCAGGAAUCGGGAUUGAGGUACAAGGAGGAGGAGGAGGAGGAGGAGGAGGAGGAGGAGGAUGGUGGGAUGGACGAAAGAUCAAGAUGCGAGGAAAAGGAGGAGGAGGAGGAGGAAGAGGAGGAGGAAGAGGAAGAGAACUGGGUGCAGAUGCGAUCAAGCGCCACUUUGAGAAUGUUGGAGUGCAUGGGGAACCGGGGAAAGGGAACUGCAUAUGGAAAUGCCUGUAUUGCGAACUGCUGUUCCCUGGGAGCGCAAAGCACUGUUGGCAGGUGCAACAUCAACAGGCUAGGCGGCAGGCUGUCGGCAGAGGAAAAGGAGAGGAGGAGUUGGGCCGGCUGGAGGCAAUUGCGCUGGUGUUGGGAAAGGUUGUGCCUCGGGCACCGUCAUAUGAUUGCCUUUCAGACCUCGAAGGCAUGGAAGACGUGGACGCCAAGGAUGAGUGCAGCAGCCCCCAACGAGCGGAAAACAGAGUCAAGACUGGCCUUUCGACGACAACCAAUGUGCGGCAGAGCACGCUGGAAGAGGGCGGGGCAAUAAUCUCGAAGAAUGAAGAAGCACAACGCUCCAUAGAUGAUUGGUUGAUUUACGAAAGAGUCCCGUUCAACAUGGUGCGCAAUAAGUAUUCCUUGCGCAUGCUGAAUAAGGUUCGUGAUGCAGAGCGGUCCUUCAUCCCUGCAAAGUACGACGCGCAGCGGACGAAAAGGUUGGACAUGUUACGGGAUCGCGUCGAGGAGGGGGUUUUGCGGCAGCAAAGGAGCUGGCCUCGAUCAGGAUGCAUGCUCCAGCUUGAUGGCUGGACUGAUCGGAGAGGCAAACCACACUUGAAUGUAAUGGUCUCCUUUCCAACCAGUGUGUUUUUUUGGAAGUCACACUACAUGUCAGGCAAGGACAAGGGCGCAGCAGCGUACUUUGAUAUCUUGUCCGUGUCCAUUCGCGAAGUUGAUGAGAAAAGUGUUGUUGGAGUGAUCAUGCACAACGCUGCAGUGUGUGUGAGAGCUGGCAGAUUGGUGGAGGAUACAUUCCCUACGAUCUUCCAUGUGCCAUAUGUUGCACACUGCCUUGACUUAGUGCUGCACGAUGUUGGGAAGAUGGAGUGGGUGGUUCGAACGGUGGGGAAGGCGAAUGACUUGGUGAAGUUCAUCAAUAACCACCAACGAGUCAAGGAUGUCUACAUCCACUCGGGUGGGAGACAGCUACUUCGACCUGCAGCAACGCGUUUCGCCACCAACUUCCACAUGUUGGACCGCUUGAAGAAGCAGCGAAAAGCGUUGGUGGCUAUGGUCACAACAAACGAGAGGUGGACAGCGACGUUGGUUCCCCAUGCACAGCGAUCGACCUUCCACGAGAUGGAAAAUGUCUUGCUUGAUGCAGCAGGGUUUUGGGAAAAUGUCAACAAGGCAAUCAAUGCCGUAUACGACAUUGUUUUGUUGUUAAAAGUGGUGGAUGGCAACGGUCCAACCAUCAACAAGGUUUAUGCGAAGAUGGACAGGAUAGUGGAACACCUGCGAGUCAACAAGGACCUGACGGCAGAGGACCGGGAGGAGAUCGAGGUGAUGGUCAUGCGCAGAUGGAAUGCUAUGACCACCCCCCUCCACUGUGCAGCCCUAUUCUUGGAUCCGGAGUACCGAACGUCUGAGCCGCACAACGAUCCAGAGAUCCAAGAUGGAUUCUACACUUGGGUGUAUACAUGGCUGAAAGGGUCGCCGCAGGAGCCCCAUGCCAUUCGGCUGUUGGGGCAAGGGUCGUCGGCUUCAGGUUGCGAAAGGAAUUGGAGCCUUUUUGCAGCAAUUCACUCCAAAGAGCGGAAUGCCUUGGCCCCGGAGACAAUGCACAAAUUGUUGUACACCAAGUGGAAUAUGCGCCUGCUUGACUCGCUGCAGCAGAUGCCGGAGAGGGCAAAAGACCUUGUUGAAUGGGAUGACCCACCGACGGAGGAGGAGCAAAAGGAGGCUAAAGAAAGAAUGAAGUUGGUUGAGCGCAGAUUGAAGAGCCUUACCUCGGCUGGUGACGACGUUGUUCCACCUGUUGAUGGCGGGGGUGACGAAGAUGGGGAUGAAGCUGCUGUUCCGUGCCGUGAAGAAUGCAACCUCGAGGAGAUUGAGGAGGGUCAUAGCGGGGACUGGCGUGGAUUGACAAAGGCAGGCAACUUCCUCGUCAAGCGUUCCCAAACUGAAGUGCGAAGGAGGGCACGCACCUUGGGAACAGAGGAGCACAAGCGUGUUCACAGAAAGGGGGGUGGUGACACACUGCCUCAUGGUACUGCGACGACAGCACAACAGAAGGAGACAGGGACAUCGUCGGCACAACCUGAUCCUCCACGCCAAAAAAAAGGUAGAGGCAGGCCAAGAAAAACGCCAGUGACGGAUGUGGAGGAUUCAGAUGUCGUGACUGCGGAGGGAGAGAACAACCCUGCGCAGACACUCGAGGAAAACCCUGCGCAAACACUUAAAAAAAACGGAGGAGAGGGGAGCAAGGAUGUGGGGGGCAAGGACGAGGGUGUGGCAAGGAAGAAGCCACGUGAUGAUGAAGAGGAAUGUUCAUCGGACUACUCAUCAGGCGAUGAUGAGCGGCCAUUGGCUGAGAAAAAAAGGAAGGGGACAUAGAGAGAGAGAGAGAGAGAGAGAGAGAGAGAGAAAGAGAGAGAGAGACUGCCGGUUUUGGGGCAGUCAUUCAUGAU